AUGUACAGCUGCAGGAGCGUAGAAGUCUUCCGAACUUGUAGAGAGGCUCUUUUCCCAAGACAGGUGUCUGGCAAUAAUUGCACUGCUGUGACAGAAUUCAUUAUUUUGGGGCUAACAGAUGAUCCAACCCUUCGUGUCAUCCUCUUUGUGAUAUUUCUGGGUGUCUAUGCUGUCACUUUAAUUGGCAACCUUAGCAUAAUCUUAUUGAUCAGAAAUAGUGUCCAACUUCACACUCCAAUGUACCUUUUCCUCAGUCACUUGGCUUUUGUAGACACUGCAUAUUCUUCAACUGUCACACCUGUUAUGCUCAAGAACUUCCUUGUGGACAAAAUCACAAUCCCUCUGGAAGGCUGUGUGGCUCAGAUGUUCUGUGGAGGCACCUUUGGGAUGGCUGAGUGCUUCCUGUUGGCUGUGAUGGCCUAUGAUCGCUAUGUGGCCAUCUGUAGACCCCUACUCUACUCCACCAACAUGUCUACUAGGCUCUGCACUCUUUUACUCAUCACAUCCUACCUAGGUGGCUGUGUAAAUACUUGGAUUGUUACUUGUUGCUUAUUAAAUCGGUACUUCUGUGGACCCAACGAGAUCAAUCACUUUUUUUGUGAUUAUUCACCACUUUUGAAGCUUUCCUACUCCCAAGAUAAUCUUGCUGAUAUUCUUCCCGCUGCCUCUACUGGGCUAGUGAUUGUGAUCACAGUGUUAACUAUCCUGAUCUCUUAUAUAUACAUUCUCUUCUCUGUCCUGAAGAUAAGUUCCACUGAAGGGAGAUCCAAAGCAUUCUCAACUUGUACCUCUCACCUCACAGCAGUCACUUUGUUCUAUGGCACCAUUACAUUCAUUUAUGUGUUGCCUAAGUCCAGCUACUCAACAGAUGAGAAUAAAGUGGUGUCUGUUUUCUACAUUGUAAUUAUCCCCAUGUUGAACCCUGUGAUCUACAGUCUAAGGAACAAUGAAGUAAAAGGGGCCCUGAGAAAAUCAUAUGGGAAAAAUUCCUUUUUUGCAUAUCUGAUCACAAUCACAUCAUAA